GACUCACCAUGCUAUCUCUCAAUCGGUCUCUCCAGUCAAUCUCUGAGUUUCCUCUCCUCUAGUCCUCUGCCACACUCUUGCUCAAAAUCUGCCCUCAUCUCCACGGACCUUCACAGUGAUUCCCUUCAGCUUUCAACCUCGCCGUCACUACAACCCCUAGCCCCUGCUGCCCUGCAACGCUUGCUGCUCACCUCCAGCUGAGCUCCAAGGCUGCCGCUGGGUCAUCUCAGCCCGCCUCUCACAGACCUACAUAGUGAUUCCCUUAAGCUCUCAACCUUACCGUCACUACAACCCUGGCCCCUGCUGCCUUGCAACACUCGCCGCUCACCUCCAGCUGAGCUCCAAGGCUGCCGCUAGGUCAUCUCAGCCCGCCCCUCACCGUGGCACCGUGUCACCAUGUCGUUAGCCCAUCAUUGCAAGUCAGCAUUCUCUUUUCGCGUGGCUUCCUCCUCUGCAACUCUACCUCGAAUUCUUUUCAAAAUGUCCAACUUCAGGUAUCAAUUAGCCAAUGUCUUCACAAGAGCCUAGCCCCCCAUUGAUUCAAAUUCCAAAUAAAUCAAGUGCAAGUAUUAUACCGUGUGCUGCUGCUACACCAACUUCAUCCUCGGCUAUGGUUCCUCUUCCUCUUGCAUUAGAAAGUGGUACUGGUGAAGAUAAAAAAGAUGAUCAAGGAUAUAAGCGGCCACUUACUUUUGAAGCAUGGAACCAUUAUAGAGGGCAGAAAAUUAAUGGCCAUUGGAAAGCUAUUUGUGUCUAUUGCAAUAAACAUCUUGGAGGCGAGGCCAAGAAUGGGACAAGUCAUUUGCGUGAUCACACUUGGGUCUGUCCAUUGAAAUCUGUUUCUGACAUAAGGCAGACAUUUUUGAGAGCUUCAAAGAAUCAAGAAGGGAAAACAAAACUUGGGCAUGGACUUUUCAAUCAAGAGAUGGCUAGAAGGGAACUUGCAUAUAUGAUUACUGCGCAUGAGUUACCUCUAUCAAUUGUUGAUCAUAUUUUCUUGAGAAGGUUUGUUGCUACUCUUCAACCAAGUGCACCAGCUGUGAAAUCAGAGUUAGAUACUUAUUUAGAGGAAAGGGUGGUUCCAUUUGAGGUAGAAGAAACUUUUGAUAUUCUGAAUUGGUGGAAAGUUUAUGGGGCUAGGUUUCCUAUAUUGCAAAUGCUUGCUAAAGAUGUGUUUGUCAUUCCCAUAUCCACUGUACCUUCAAAAUCAGUUUUUAAUACUAGUGGAAAAGUUAUUAGUCCACAUCGGAGCAAGCUUAGACCAACAAUGAUACAAGCACUGAUGUGUCCUCAAGAUUGGUUGAAGAAAGAUCCGAAAGGUUCUGACAAUAAUGGAGAUUUCUUCAAUCUAUUUGAGGAGUUGGAGGAGAAUGAUAAUGAGGAUGAUGAGUUUGAGUUUAUGCAUUUUUUCUUUAUGAAAUAUGAACUUGUUGCUAGCUUACUUGCUGGACUUGCUUGACAAUGACAUGUAUAUAUUGGCUGUGUUAUUGUGUAUAUUUACUACUUAUUUAUCUUGUUUUAAAAGAGUGAUCUUGAUCAUCUUUGUUUGUUAUCUAGGAUUUUGUAAAAUUGUUAUUUUCUUUUGGAAUUUUGAUUAACAAGCAGUGAAAUAAGUGAUAGUUUUAUUU